CACAGUGUAAGUAACAAGUCGUCAUAUCGUCUCGAUUUUCUUUAGUACAUUCUUUUAAAUUUUCCUUAAAUUUACCAUUCAGAAUUUUCAGAUUUGUGGCAUGAAAAAAAUCAAAAGUGGUACAGAGAUUUACUUAUGCCUGAAUCUAUAAUCAUGACUUCGGCCGACGAUGAAAGGGUUCCUACUAAUGGGUCCGAUUGCAGCACGCAAGAAAAUAAUCAUUCUAAUAUCGCCACUAAGAAGAAAAUUAAGAAACGCGGCAUAGUUUUUUUGUCUACAAUUCCUCCAUACAUGAAUGUGGCCAAAAUUCGUGAAAUAUUUAGUCAGUUCGGAGAUGUUGGAAGGGUUUUUCUGCAACCUAGUGGCAAAAUUGGCGAAAGAAGAAAACGGGUUCCUAAUCAAUUUACUGAAGGUUGGGUGGAAUUUGAGAAGAAAAAAAUAGCGAAACAGGUUGCCGCCCAAUUAAAUAACACAAAAAUUGGUAGUCGAAAGAAAUCACGUUACUACGAUAUGAUUUGGAAUAUUAAAUAUAUUCCCAGGUUUAAGUGGGUCCAUUUAAGUGAACGGUUAGCUUAUGAAAGGGCAGCAUAUAAACAAAGACUUCGGGCUGAGAUAUCACAGGCAAAGAAGGAAGCUCACUACUUGCAGAGUAAUGUAGAGAAAAGUAAAAAGAUAAAGAAAAAGCAGUCUGUUGAAGGUUCUGUUGAGUAAAUAAUUGAAAUAUAACUUUAAUUUUAUUUGAACUCACCCUCUAAAAUGAUAGAUGCACAAAUUGUAUUAGUAAAAUAACUCUAU